UAUGAGCAGUACGCGCCGAGGAUGUCAAGAUGGUUGCCACGUACAUACAUCUGAUCGGAGGUGUGUGCGCUCGCGAAAUUUGACGCCGAACUGUGAUAAAAGGGGCUGUCUUUUUCGACUCCCUGACAUGGUGACAGUGCAGAGUUAGUCGGCCUGUAUCCAUGAGCACCACUUUAUACACCAUCGAUGAUAGUUCUUGUCGUCGCGGCCGCCGGCGGCUCGCAUUGAAUCAUGUUCAGUAAAAAACUUCAUGUAGACGUCAAAAAGUCAACACUGAAGAUUCAGGAUGUUAAAAAGGAUAGCGCAACUCGAUUUAAGCAUCUUAAGAUCGUACUAGAAAAUGUGGAUACUGAUGAAGCAAAGGGGUUUUUUGAAGGCAACUUCAGCCAUGUGUAUUUUAUUCUAUAUGAUUGUUUUGUGUCGGCUGAAGCAAACCUAAGACAAAGAGAACUUUCCUUCCACAUUGUGCAUAAAGCACACAGAGAGGAAUUGGAACAGGUAUUGCAGCUCUUGGAAAAAGUUUUAACUCUUCUCCCUGAGCUUCUUAACAGAAGAUGGCAAUGUCAUAGUCUGGCAAGGAUUUUGCAGAAACUUUUACAUCCUGGUAAUAGUUGGAAACUUAGAAGAGAAGCUAUAAGGUAUUUUAUUUUGUGGUAUCAAGCACUUGGUGAAAAUGCACCUGAACACAUUCAUCAGAUGUUUGCAAGCUUGGUACCAGGCUUUCCACCUCGGCAACCAUCUCCUUACAAGUCUGAACGUAAGAUAGAUGGGAAGAAGGAUAAAUUUGCUAAAGUAAUUGGUUGUGAUGAUAAAGAUAAGAGAGAAUUUUAUGAUACACAAUUGUCACAAAGUACUUUUCACGAUAAUGGGUCCAGUCAGUGUCCUGUCACUCCUGUGGACAAUGGGCCCAUUUUACCUCCGCAAAGUGGGGAAAAGCCUCUUGACAAUGAAACUGUUCGAUUUUUAGAAGCACUACUUGAAUUUAUGGUUACUCAGGUUGUAAAAAUAGAAUGGCGAGAUAAAUCUUCGCGACAGCACAAGACUUUUCAGUUUUUAUUAGAACGUUUUAAAGCUACGUAUCUUCGUUAUAUUUGCCCUGAGUUCGAUGAUAAUUUCUCAUUGUACAAACCGAAUUUAGAAUUGCCUACGAUGCGUAAACCAACGAAUCAGAGUCAAGAUAAUUAUGUAUUAUGUAAAGUUGCUUUAAUUAAAUGGAUCGCUAGCUUCACCCAUGUCGCUAGAAAGGAUGCUCGUGUCGCGCAUCUUUCACAUAGCACAACUCCGAACGAAGAAAAUACAGAAUCAGAACUUCGUCGUGUUUCAGUUACUCAAAAUGCAGUUGAUUCUACUUCGCUGUCUCCUGAAUCAACUGUAUCUCAACAAGAGAAUCAAAAUCAGGAAGAUAGUACCGUUUCAGCAGUUACUCUUGUUAGAGAAGUUUUAUACGGUAACAGAGAUAAUGUAAAUUUUGUUCACGAAUUGUACAGACAAGCGUUUUUGCUGGACUUUAAUCAUGCUGGUGCUAUAAGAAAGGCUAUAGCCGUUUAUAAGGACUGGAUCCAAAUGAAUGAACUCCCACCAUUCAUGUUAGAACCAUUGGAGAGUCACAAAGAAAGAGAUUUAGAAGAUAAUACCAAAAAAGAUGCAAACGAUAUCGAUAAAAGUCCGUCUGAAAGUUAUCGGCAGACGAGAUUAAGGAACGACUCUUAUCUUGGUGCUAUACACAGAGAAAAUUUAUUUAUAAGAGCAGGAUUACAGAAUGUUUUACAAGUAUUCAUCACCCAGGCUUCUAAUGUAUUUUUCUUAGAAAAUUCCGGACCCAACGCGUCCUUAACAUUACUCGAAGAACAGACGGAUAGUUGCAAAAGAGUUUUGAAUGUUUACCGAUACGUCGUAAUGAAUUCUAGAUUAGAACCUGCUACUUGGGAACAGUUGCUUAGGGUAUUGUUGCAAAUAACAUCGCUUGUUUUAAACGAGAAAUCUUCUCGACGCAAAGUUCAAGAGAGCAUCGGUGGCAAACUUGCACCUGCUAUAUUUCAGACCUUAAUCGUUACGUGGAUUAAAGCUAAUUUAAACGUUGUUAUUUCUACUCAGUUAUGGGAUCAGUUUCUGGAAGUUUUGACGUCGUUAACACAAUGGGAGGAAUUAAUUCGAGAAUGGGCGAAAACAUUGGAUACUUUAACAAGGGUACUUGCCAGACACGUGUACAAUUUAGAUCUAAACGAUCUGCCAUUAGAUAGAUUGAGCGAACAAAAAACUAAAAAGCGUCGAGGUGUUGGAAGCCGCGCUGCAUCCACAGGAAGCGUUCAACCCCCACGCAAAGGAAGCGUUGACCAAGAUAACAAUGCUGUUUCUAAAGAAAAUGUUACCGACCACCCUAUGCGAGAUUUAAGGAAAGUACGACCUCUUCCACGCAGUGCAAGUGAUAAUAAUAUAUACAAUGGAAAAGCACGCGUAAAGGUUCAUAGACAUCGUACACAUACAGUGCAUAGCGGUAUCCCUGUACUCCCCCUAUCAAUAGAGCAAGAUAUGGCGCGACUACUAUCAAGUGGUUCAACAUCAUCGUCAGGAGUUGGUCGGAAAAUGUUACCCAACAGACGCGCUAAAUCUUUGGACAGCGUUGUUAUAGUCGAUAGCGAACCACCAUCGCCACGUUGCCCUUCUCCGACGCCUAGCAGCGGCGUUGACAGCAACAAAGACAGUCCCAUACAGAUAGAAAACAUUGAUGGCAGUAGUAUUGACACUAAUGAUGCAUCAGAAAGAAGAUCUGUUAUGGCAGGUGGGGGUGUCCGAGGAUGGUUACCUGAUGUAGCGGUUGUAUUGUGGAGACGUAUGUUAUCGGCAUUAGGAGACGUAAAUAAUAUUCAGGAUCCGACUCUUCAUGGUCAAGUUAUGGAUUACCUUGUCCAAUUGACACAAACCCUUAUAAAAAUUCGUUUAAAUCAAGGUGUAUCUGGGGACAAUCAAGUAACCCCGCCAGCUCCAGAACUUAUACCGCCGUUAACAGUAAUUGCUCCAUGGUGUUUCAAGGCGAUACAACUUCCUAGUCAGUACGAAGUUGGUAAAUUGGCAGCAUACCGUUUGAUCUGCCUUUUAACAAUACAGCCACAAGAUAUCAAUUUACCAAAACAACACUUGACACUUUUUUAUCGUGCGGUACAUAACGGUAUCGUUAGUAACGACAGUAAAGUAUUACAUGUACUGGUCAAGUAUACCGGUCCUAGAUUGUUCAGUUUAAAUCUUCCUGGGUCUAGUCUUUUAAUCUUGGAUUAUAUUCACGCUGCUAAUGUAAUAUUGAGCAGUCAGGAUAUCGGGGCACCACGGACGGAGGCUGUUUCAAUAAUUGGAUCAUUACUGUCAUUACCUGCCACAACAAUUAAAUUACCUGUGUUGCAACCUACUUCAACAGAUAUUGUAACCAUGACAUGCCCAGAUGCAAAGGAACAUAUAAUCACGAUUCUUUUAAGAAGUUGUAGGCGAGAACCAACCGGUAUUGCAAGAUGCGUGGCACUUUCAAGUAUUGCUAUGUUUGUGUACAGAGAACUGUGCUACAAAAAUCAACACCCGCGGAUACCAGAAUCUGUCACGGUUCUUCUUUUAGCGCUUAAAGCCAAUCAUGCCAUUGUCGCUCAAGUGGCAUGUGAUUCCCUGUUGUUGUUAUGUGAUAAAGCAGAUACUCUCUUAGAAUUGUACCCAAAUGUGCCAUGUAAAAUAAUUCAAAUUUUGUCAGAAACACUUGGAUAUAUGAAUACACGAGAAAAACGUGGUCCUUUGAUAAUAUCAAUGUUGUUUUGUUUGGGAGAGUGGGCUAUGCACCUUGGCCCAUAUGUUUUGUUACGAGUAUUUCAAGGGAAACCAUUAUUAAUGAGUUUAUUCUCGGUGUUGGAUAAUAUAGUGAAAGAUAAAAUCAAUAAUGAUGCAUCACAAUCGAACAAAAGUCACGAAGAUGAAGAUGAUGAUUUCGAUCCUGAUAUAACUUUGGAUAACUUGGCUGAUGAAACUUCCAUGAAAUCGCCUCGACGCGGAAAUAUUCAGUCUGUUCAAUUAGCAGCAAAAAUGGUAAUGAUGCAUUUGAUCAAUCAUUUGGGACACUUUCCAAUGGGUAUCGGAGCUGCACGCUUAUCUUCGCUAGUCGUCGAAUUAGAUGAUGUACCCGGCAUCGACGGGGACGAACUUUCCUCUGCCAUUUUUCAUGCACCAAAUAUACAAUUACUAAUGUUAUCGAAUUCCGUAAUAAUGUCACUCGUUGAACUGGCGGCAUUAGAUGCACCUGGAGGAGGUGUUACUGCUGGAUUAACAACAGCUCCAUCGUUGGUUAGGGUUUUGUUAAGGGAUUUAGCAGGGAAAGCAUCUUGGGAUAGUUCUAUUUUAUACAGUCAACCGUUUGUCGAAGACGAUAUUCCAAUAGCAUUUACAAAACACGUCGAGUGGAAAUCAAAAGUACAAAUAGAAGAUCUGAACAGUGUCACAACAUCUCAGACUUGUACACCUCGGCAUACAAUAAGACACCGCGAACCUCAUAUACUACCUACGUUUGCAAAUGCUGCAAGUGAUAUGGAUAAUUUGGAUGAUCUUUUACAAUAUAUAGGACACACAAGUCCAGAAGUACUAACUAAUCCAGAAGUAGCCCUUAAUGCGCCUGCUAAUCCACCACAGGGUCAUUAUCUUGAAAGUGAAACCAUCGCAACUAUUCUGAAUCAGAGAAAUGCGGAACAAGAGCAUAUCAAUAAUUGGAAUCAACAUAUUAGCAUGUGCGCGUCGCCGAUAAGUCCGCCAUCGUGUCGACCACCUCCAGCGCCCUUUCAUCACUGCCGUCUUUUAUUUUCGCACUUAGGUUUGUCGGGUUGGGAACAACGUACAAAAUUGCAUUUGUUGUCAAAGAAUGAAAAGCUUCUACGAGAACUAAGGAAUCUCGACAGUCAACGAUCCAGAGAAACGCAUAAAAUAGCGGUGAUUUACGUUAGCCAGGGUCAAGAGGAUAAGAAUUCUAUAUUAAGUAAUGUCACUGCUAGUAAAGAAUACGAAAGCUUUGUCGCGAGAUUGGCGUGGGAAGUGGAACUCGAAUCGCAUACAGGUUUUCUUGGAGGUCUUAUACCUGGUAAAGCAUCCGGAGUAACAGCACCCUAUUUCGCUACAUCCUUCACGGAGAUACUUUUUCAUGUAGCGACGAGAAUGCCUUCCGAUAGUCCUGAAAGUUUGUUACAGAAAACACGGCACUUAGGUAACGAUGAAAUUCACAUAGUUUGGUCCGAGCAUUGGAGAGACUAUCGUCGAGACAUUAUACCAACUGAAUUUUGCGAUGUUUUAAUAGUAAUUUAUCCGUUGCAUAAUAAAUUGUACAGAAUUCAAAUUUCUCGAAAGCCAGAGAUUCCAUUCUUUGGACCCUUAUUCGAUGAGUGCAUCGUGGAAGAUAAAGUUUUGCCCGGGUUAGUCAGAACAACAGCAUUGGCAGCAAGUAGAGCAAAACGAUCUACCCUUAUGUUGUACCAGCAUUAUUAUGAGGAGAGAGCAAGAUCUAUCGAUACUGUCAUGAGAAACCAUAAAGAAGCUACUACAUUUGAAGAGUUUACAGCUAAUGUAUAUUCCCCGGUACAACCACCAAGCCCAUUCAGUGGUACUUCUUCUGUAUCUGCAUCGUCAAACCUCGCAGCAGCCCUUAUAGAUUCCCAUCAAGGUCGAUCGGGUCUGCGAAGUUCUUCAGCAGCGAGCAGUGAUAAUCGCGCGAAUAGAGUUUCUGAUGGGAGUAGAGUGUGGUUUAGUAACGACACACCGGAGAGUACAGCACUCCAUGGAAUUUCUCCUAGACCUGUGAAAAAGAUGUCAUUUAAAACUGGACCGAAACAGCGGACGAGCACUCAAUCCACACCACCUGACAGUCCAAGAUAUAAAUAAGGAAUUUUCUAUGAGAGUACCAUAAAGAAAAUGAACACUUUUGCACAAGAGGUUGUUUGGUCAUAUCCUAAAAAGUUGUAAUUUAAGAGAAUUCUUUAAACAAUGCAUCGCAGUAGCAACAUGGUUCACUGCUCUAUGCGCCAACAGAUAGUAGACACGUUAAGGAUUAAAAUGAUAGAUUCAGAAUACCUGCUACUUUUGCAGUGGGUAUGAGAUAUCUGAAGUUAGUCUUAGCGUUUUCUGUUUUCCGUCCUUAGGUUUAAUUUUUAUAUUAAAUGUACAGAUCGUUGUUUAUUUGUUGCAACGUGAAUAUUAAUUUAUUGGAACGUAAAUAUACGAGAAGAUUUAACUGAUCAUAGAUUAUACAAUAGUACUAGAUUUGAUAUACACUGAUCAGCGUCACAUGACAGCUAUUUUGAUUGUACAGUACUUUAUUAAGAUCAGUUUACCCUUGUACUUGAAUAGGUAAGCUUAAACGAUUGUAUCAAUUAAAGCUUCUAUCUUAAUUUAUAUUAAAAAUAAUGAGAUCCUCGAUGUUACAUGCCUUCGUAAGAAAAAGAAAGAUAACUCAAUUUCUUGUAAUGUAGUUGGAUGAUAAGAAAAUGAAACAUGAUUACCAUAUACGAGCGCUGAAUGCGAGUCUAUGAGAGUUGAUAAGAAUCAAAUGUUAUUUUUUAACGUCAAAGUUUUACGAAUCAAUAUCGUGUCUCUUAAUAAUGUAAUAACUUGUACUUUACCUCUCAUAUCGGUUUAAUUUCGAUGAAAUAUUUCUGGUAAAUGUGGUACAAUCACGGUCUUUUAAAUAUGUUUAUACAUUACAUUCCAUACAACAAUCUUUUCUAUAUCUUACUCAUUAUCAAUUAUUUCAGUACUUUAGAUAUAUUUUCAAAAAAAAGAUGAAAGCAUUCCACUUGUCUUUUGUAUUUAAAUUCGACAAUCUCCUAUCGAAAUUUACAACUUAAGUGUAUAAAUGAUUGUUUGGUUCCUGUACAUUGUUGCAGAACAGGAAAUCAAUUAGGGAACACUUUUGUUAUCAUACCAAAAUUAUAAGCAUUUGGUGCUUUACGAUACGUAAAAUAGAAAUAUUUUAAAUACUGUGUCAAAAGUGAAUAACACUGAUGAGGAUGAAAAAA